GGGACAAUUUAGUUAGAUGCACAGGUACAUCACUUCCGGUUUUCGUCAAAACAAGAACAGAGAGGGAAGCCAUCAGGUUUUGAGCAGCAGGAGCAAUCUGUUCGCAUCCUUAACACAGGACUGACAAAUCAAUGUCAGCGGAGACAAAGAGGGAUGGAGGUGUUCACAUGAAACAGCUUUGCCCACCUCCACCCCGCAUCUGCCCGUCAUCCAUUCUUCAACUUGACAUCCUCCUUCCACCACUCAGACAAGGAGACGAAGAGGAGGAGGAGGAGGAGGAGGAGGCGAGAAGAGUCUGUGGCACAUGCAGUUUUUAACGCUUCCAAGGCUGAGCAAAAGACGGGGCGGGAAAGUGGCAGCAACUUCCACCAGCAGUGAGAUGAACGCCGGGGCGGGGGAGAGGGAGACCUGGACCACUUGGAUGGACCGUGGAUCCCAUAAAGAGCUGAAAGAUGAGAGGGGUCCACCACCACCUUAGUUGGGGAAGGUGUCCACCUCCAGCAUGUCCAUGUUAUUCCUGAUACUUUGCAAGACUGGUCUGAGACACAAACUCCGGAUGCUUCCAGGGAAAAUGGUCAACACUGUCUACAGUGAUGAGGAGAAGGGAAUCCAAGACAGGGAAAGCAAGGAGGAGACCAUCUUGGCCAUGUUGGGCAUCAUUGGGACCAUUCUCAACUUGCUAGUCAUCAUCUUUGUCUACAUCUACACCACGUUGUAGAGCGCUUUGGUUUUGCAGCUCUCGACCGCCAUGUCGACCAAUGAGGAGAAGCGCAGAGGAGCACGAUGGCGGACAGAAGCCAAGCCAUACAAACAUCCAGUUAGUUGUGACUUGUACAUAAUGCAUGAAGACUGCGGGCCGAUCAGGCUUUAAGGAGCAGCUUUUCCCCACUCAUGGACAACAAAAGAUCGCAAAUACUUCUUUUUUUAAUGAAUAUUAUUAAGUAAAAAAAUAAAGCUGUAACGUGUGCUUUUAAUUCAACAUGCAGGUUUUUGGGGCUUUUUCUAAAAAUAUUUUCUCAAUAAAACCAUGUCUUUUUGACCAAACGUGUAAAUAUGAUCAAAAAGUUUACUUUUAAAAUUUGGUAGUUUUUGUGCUUUAUUCUUGAGAAAAAAAAAGUGUGUAAA